ACGAAUGAUCAAAGAAUCAUUCCAAUCAUGCCUCAGAUAAUUUUCCUUCGUUAGCAGGCAUAUCUGGUAAUCCUACCCGUUAUUUGCAAGUACGUGUCGACUGACUUUUGGCUACUUUCUGGACUUUUAAAGCUUCAAAUCGUCUGAAACUUGGGAAUAUUAUAGCGAAAACACUUCUCAACAAUCGGCCAUUUUGUUUGUUUCCAUAUAUGGAAUGGAUUUGCAAGGAAGCCCAGAAACUAAAAUACAUAGGAAUCCCGCACGAAUGACGUAGAAUUCUUUGAUAUUGAACCUGUAGAGCAGGCCGCCGAGUGGACGAGGCUCUCGAAGCAUGGCGCACGAAGUGUUUGCUUUUGGAUGAUUUGAUUUUUAUGUUGCAUAGUGCUUGCUGUACUCAGUUUGGAACGUAAUGCGUACCAUGGGUACAGCACAUUGUAGGCCAACGUUAACAAGAUUUCAAUUAAACUCAUAACAUUUUUUUACAAUAACCCGGAAAAAAAAACUGAAUAAAUUUUUCGAUCUCUUGAUUUUGGCCUGAAAUUGCCUUCAAUUUUACUGACAAUUAUUGAGUGGUUUUCAAUUGGUUUUCAAAUUAUUGAGUGGAUUGGCGACCUAUAAAAAGCUCCUUUGCCAAAUCAUAGUUAAUAACUAUGGCCAAAUACAGCUCGGUAUUAAAAGCUGKCGAUCAUUAUUGCGCUGAAGCAUAUUUUCCAAAACUGUUUACAGUUCAAGUUGAUUYGUAUUGUCAUCUCAGAAGUAUUUGGGUCUGCAGUCCCACAGCCUCGUCGGUGUCAAACGAGUGGCAGUGAAUUCAACAUGGAUAUCUSUUUGAAAGUGCUAAGUGCUUCGAUUUUGAUUGCGCUACUAACAAGUGAAUUUGUGGAUUGUGAAGUCUUUGAAGACGACGACAAACCUGCUCAUGACAGAUCUAAGAUGCUUCAAAAAAGAGGAUCCAUUGACUUUGCAKUGAUGAUUUGGAAAGUGACUCGCAGACUCUUUUCUGAUUAUAGUACCUAUGGUUGUUAUUGUGGCUUUGGUGGAAAAGGACGACCUCUUGAUGCCAUUGACAGGUGUUGCAAAGCCCAUGACCAGUGCUGGGAUCGGCUGACACACAGAAAGAUUUGCACCAGAACACUUACGAUUGUCCUGCCUUAUAAGUUUAGAAGAGGGAGAUGCCUAAACAGAAAGUACAGAUAUGGCUUGCGAUGUAAACGUAGGGGAUGGUGGAUCAGAUGUUGGAAAAUAAGAAGGCCAUCUUGUGCCUAUCAUCUUUGUCGAUGUGACUUGAUAACUGUUCGCUGCUUCCAAAGAUACAAUAGAUACUACAAUCCAAGAUACAAGCGCUGGCCAAAGUCAAGAUGUUAAAAGUUGAUCAGAGAUGUAACCCGCUGGGGAUAAAGGCACAAYAUUARAAAUUCAUUCUCAUCCGAAAGAGAAAACACUGCUCGGUACAUCUGUGAAGAAAGAAUUUGAUUUUAAAUUGUAUUUUCUAAGUAACUUAGAAAAUGUAAAUAGGGUUAUGUCUACUAAGGAAUGAUUUAAUAGACAAAAUCAUGACAG